GCGGAAUGUGCCAGCGAACGGAACGGUUGUUUCGUUGGAGCGUAGCGCUAACGCUCCCGGUUUUCCAUUAAAAUGUGUAUAAGGAUAAGUGCAGUGAAUCCGCACGAGUUCGGAACGGUUACGAAAAUCGCCGUCAUCGAGAUCAGGAGUAGAAAUCAACGAAGAACUUCACCGAGGAAGUGGGGACGAUGAGGGAACAGGAAGGCGACGGCCCAGAGAGCCGUUAGCCGGACUCGAUGGACGAGUAUGGCGGGCCGGCGGCGCCGCCCCGGCCGCCCAAGCCGGCGGCGCGCGAGCACCGCGCGGGCGGCGUGUCGCUGCUGCGGCCGCGGCCCGAGGCCGAGCGCGAGCGCAACGCGUACGUGGAGGCGCCGCGCCGCGCGCCGCCCGCGCCCCCCGCGCCGCCCGCGCCGCCGCACCGGCCCGCCGGCGCGCCGCUCAAGCCGGUGACGGCGCAGCCCGGCGGCGGCGGCGGCGACAAGCGGCGCGCGGCCGGCGGCGAGUCGAUCGUGUGCGCGGCGUGCGGCCGCUGCCGCUGCUCGCAGUGCGCGCGGCCGCGCCCGCUGCCGCAGCGCUGGCUGUGCGGCUCGUGCCUGUGCAGCGCGGAGGCGUGCGUCGACUACGCGUCGUGCAUGUGCUGCGCCAAGGCGCUGUUCUACCACUGCGGCAGCGGCGAGGAGGAGGGCGAGGCGGGCUGCGCGUGGCCGCGGCUGGCGGCGCUGGCGGCGCUGGCGGUGCCGCUGCCGUGCCUGUGGCUGUACUGGCCGCUGCGCGCGUGCGCGGCGGCGGGCGCGGCCGCGUACGCGCGCUGCCGCCGCGCCGGCUGCCGCUGCCCCGCGCCGCCGCCGCCCUCCAGUAUUAUCUAGUCCCGCCGCCCGCGUGUACAAAUAUUUAUUGGCGAGCGGCCGCCGCUCCGGACGGACUCGAGGCCGCGAGGCCGGUGCCGCGGGCGGGCCGGGGCGGCGGACGAGCCCCGGCCCGCCGAGUGAACGUCUCUGUAAAUAUAGUCGUAUGGUGUGAAUGUACGUGAACGUGUCGCCCGAACGCCGAAAGUCUCAAAUUUUCUUGAGACCGAAACGUGUCAUAAGAAAACGCUAACGUUAGUAUUUUGGAUUCCACACAGAUCCAGAGAAGAUUAAGAAAUGAGAUAUAAAACAUACUUAUUAAGAUGUAGAUAAUUUACCAUUUAUUUAUUAACUGAAUUUGUAUUUAUUUGUAAAUAAAACGACAACAUUAUAUUAUAAA